AUGUCUAUGGAGCGGCUGCGCGAGCUCCAGGGCCUCUCGGAGCACCGCGCCGUGUCCUCCUUCGCCCACCGCGGCCGCAUCCAGUCCAUUCUGCGAGGCAGAAUCUCUCGCGGCGGAAGGCCUGCGCAGGACGGCGGGCCGAUUUCUACGGCGGCGGCCGGAGAAGCAGGACAGGUUACACAGAGUCAUCCUGCCUCUGGAGCAGAAAACAUUGCCAGUGAUCAAGUCGUUCGUGACCAUGUCCAUGACAUGGAGAAUGCCUCUGCCAGCCAUGAGAUCCAGACGCUUCAGUCGUCAACACAAGAUCAAUCCGCCAACGUACCGAACACUAGGGAUGCUCUGGAGAAUGGCCAGCUUGAUCAGGAACAAGGCAUGCACGGGUACCAGGAGUACUCGUCGGACUCGGGGACCUCGGAGCAGAGCGGCGAGCAGUCCGGCUCUUCCUCCUCCGACGGCAACGGCAGCGCGCGGCAGGAAGCCAUAGCUUACGUGCAGCCUCCACCCAGUGUGCAGUGGCCAGGGGAGACAUCGGGAUCGGGCGCCAGUGGCCAGGAAGCAGAGGAGGAGGAGGAGGAGGAGGAGGAGGAGGAAUGGCAUGUCAUUGAUAACCCAGAAGCAGCCGAAGCACAGCAAUGGCGGCCGGAAGAUAUAGGCGGCUUCGCUCGGCAUAACCGUCUCCAGGAAGACGCGCUCUAUGGAAUGUACAGGGCGGAGCUCAGAGAACUCCUAAGCAGGCGCAGCGUCUCCAAUCUUCUCAGCAGCGGCUUCCGCGAGAGCCUGGACCAGCUCGUGCACUCAUACGCUCAGAGGCAGGAGCAUGAUCCUCCGGCUCCACUCAACAAUGGACCAGAUCGGGCCGGGGACGCCGCCGCAGCCGCGCAGCCUCCCGCCGGCCAAAGGCAGCAGCGGCGCUGGCGGAUGGUGCCGCCUCGUCGUGACUGGAGCCGGCAACCCGUGCACCGCCCAGAUGAACUUGAAGUUGAUGAGGCCAUCCACGACCUGCGGGACGACAUGGCCGUGCUCCAGCGCGGGAUGGCCAGCACGCAGCAGAUGCUGCAGGCGUGCAUGGAGAUGCAGGUCGAGCUGCAGAGGUCCAUCCGGCAGGAGGUCGCCUCUGCCAUGCACCGCUCUCUGUCUGUCCAUGUUAGAUGGUAUGAUGAUGGAUCACAGUGGGAGCUGGUGAGGAAAGGGACCUGCUGCAUCUGCUGCGACAGCCAGAUCGACUCGCUUCUCUACAGGUGUGGGCACAUGUGCACCUGCUCAAAGUGCGCCCGCGAGCUGCUCCGCGGGGCCGGCAAGUGCCCGCUGUGCCGCGCGCCCAUCGUCGAGGUCGUCCGGGCUUACAGCAUAAUCUGA